GAAAUCAAUUUAUUAAACCAUCUAUUGCCAUGUUUCAAACAUCAAGCAGAUAAGUCAGGAAUAGGACAGGUGAGAAGGUGGUCACUGAAGGAGCUUCAAUGCCCAGGGAAGGAGGAAGAGCCCUCUCCAUGCUCAUUGCAGCUUUCUGGAUUUUGGCCGUAUUUGUCCCCCCACUUGUGGCUGAUGUCAAGUCUUUGGAAGAUCCUGAGCCAUGUGGACCUCAAGGACCCCCAGGACCUCCAGGGCCUAGGGGUCCUCCAGGGAUACCUGGUGCACCAGGACUCUCAGGUUUACCAGGACUGCCAGGACUACAUGGGCCACCUGGAGUUGUUAAGAAGUGCCCACCCCUACCACAAUCUGCCUUUUCCGUAAAGAGGGCUGGGCCUUUCCCAGGCCCCUCCCAGCCCCUUCUCUUCCAGGAGGCUUUUUACAACCAUCAGGGCCACUUUGACCUGGCCACAGGAGUGUUCACCUGCACCGUGCCUGGUACAUACCACUUCGGUUUUGACAUUGCACUGUUUCAGAAUGCCGUGAAAGUGGGUCUCAUGAGGAACGGCAUCCAGGUCAGGGACAAACGAGGGGAGGCCCGGGACGGCCACGAGCACGUUUCAGGAAGUUGCAUCUUGCAGCUGGAGAAAGGGGAUAAGGUCUGGCUGGAGUCCAAGCUGGAUGAAGCAGAGUCUGAGAAAGGGAAUACACCAACCAUGUUCUACGGGCAUUUGCUCAGUGGAAAUUUAGAAGCUAGAACCAAUAGCACACCCCUUAUCGUCAAGCACCACUGAAUAGAAGAGAAGAGUUUCCAUUCCUCUCAGUAUCUCCAGCUCACAAGGUUGGCAAGGGCUGAGAACUGGGCAUAAUGACUGUAUUAGCAAUUACUAAAACCAAUGAAGACUGCUGAUUAAUGUGUCAACAAUUCCUUAUCUGUCAUUCUCAAAAUGUAAGAAGCUGGGUGGUAAAAGUGUGGUGAAAAACCAAAACUAACAAUAAAGCAGAAUGAAGAUAGCAAGCUGCCCAGACAGUUUGCUGUUCACAACACCUUG